AUGUCGGAAAAACACACGCAAUCGCGUCCUCGAAAGAGUAAAUUGAGAUACUUUUUGGAUAACAUAAUCAAAGUUCUUUCAGAUUAUGUCAUCGAACCAAUCCUCAUUGCAUAUAGGUUCACUUAUUUGUUAAUACUCUUUUUACCUUUGAUAAUCGGAGCACCCGCACUUUUCAUUGGACCAAGAAUUGCGGAAUGUGAAAAUGAACGAAUGGGAGCAUUGUGGUGGUAUGAUGUUCUGGUGAGACAGAUGGAAAAUUCGGGACCAACUUUUAUCAAGCUUGCACAAUGGGCGGCUUCUAGAACCGAUAUAUUUCCUCGCGAGAUGUGCAGCCGCUUGUCGAAACUUCAUUCUGACGUGAAUCCACAUUCAUUUGAGGAUACGAAGAAAAUCAUAGAAAGGGAAUUCGGAAAGUCAUUUUACGAAAUAUUUUCUGAAAUCGAAAAGUGCCCAAUUGGAGUCGGAGCGAUCGCGCAGGUGUACAAAGCAACAAUGCGACCUGAGGCACUUUCAGCAUCAUAUGAUACCAAUAAUCUUAUGUCUCAGGAUCAGGACGAACCAGUGAUGCCGACAGUAGCCGUUAAAGUAUUACAUCCAAAAGCCGAAAAAACCAUUCAAAGGGAUCUCAAGAUAUUGAUGAUAUUUUCUAGAAUACUGGAUGCAUUACCAACGAUGCGAUGGCUAUCCCUGCCGGAGGAGGUAAUGAAAUUUUCCGAGAUGAUGCAGGAGCAGUUGGAUCUUCGCAAAGAGGCGAAUAAUUUAUUGAUUUUCCGAGAGAAUUUUAAAAAUCGCGGAUCAGUGGAGUUUCCAAAGCCAUUUACAGAGUAUACCACCAAAAAUGUACUGAUAGAGGAAUUUGAGGAAGGAUUACCGAUUAAAUUAUUUCUUGAAGGCGAAGAAAAAGGGAUUUACGAUCACAUGAUUGCAAACAUUGGACUUGACGCGUUUCUUCAUAUGCUAAUAUUUGACAAUUUUGUCCAUGCUGAUUUACAUCCUGGAAAUAUCAUGGUUAAAUUUCGAAGACCCAACCUGCUUACUUAUAUUCGACGUCUCCUGAUCGAUUUCAUCCCUACAACAUCGGGGAUGUCAAAAAUGGAAUUUCAGUUUGUGGACAAGAAGGACAUGAUAGGUGAUGAUGACUCAAGGAUAGCCUAUGCGCGUCUGAUGAGGCAUGCUGGCAACAAAGAAUUAUUGAAUGAAGAAUUGACGAAAUUAAGUAAUGAAGGAUAUCUGCCGCGAUUAAUAUUUAUCGAUACAGGAUUGGUAACAGGUUUAAAUGUGGAGAAUCGAAGGAACUUUCUAGAUUUAUUCAGAGCAAUAACGGAGUUCGACGGAUACCGAGCAGGAAAGUUAAUGAUGGAAAGGUGUAAAACACCGCAUCUUGUGAUUGAUGGAGAAUUAUUUGCAUUGAAAAUGCAGCAUCUGGUGCUGAACGUGAGGGCGUUAACGUUGCAACUUGGUAAAAUCCGAAUAUCAGAUCUAUUGACCGAAGUGUUUAAAAUGGUUAGAACUCACCAUGUGAAAUUAGAAGGUGACUUCAUCAAUAUAAUAAUAUCAAUAUUAUUAUUAGAAGGUAUCGGUAGGCAAUUGGAUUCACAAUUGGAUCUGUUGAGAAACGCAUUGCCAAUAUUGAGAAAGUUAGGGGCACAGGAAGGAGGUAAAGGGCUUCGGGAGGGAAUUAAGGAUAUUGAAAGAGGUGGAAUGUGGUGGAUGAAGUUUUGGUUUUGGUUAGAGGCUAGAGAAUGGAUUGACAGUUCAUGCGAAGAAUAUGAUAUGUCGAUGAAAAAUGUGUCUUGGCCGGAUAUUUAA